AUGGAGGCUACCUUCGUCCGAGUCCAGAACACCUGGAUCCAGGUGAUCCCCGGUGAGAAGAGGCCGUCGUGCGUCCGCGUCCCCGUUGCUCGUGUGUCGAAAAUACUGAAGAUGGCGACGAGUUCGGAGCGCAGUCCACCUCCUUUCCCCGAUUCGGAGGACCAAGACGUGCUGGACUCCGAGGAGGUCGGAGACCGGGAGAGUGAUGAAGACGACGGGGAGGACCUUUUCAUGAGCGCGAGCAACACCCCUCUGCCCAAAAAGGACUCCACAGCAGCGUCUACCAGCCAAUCCAGUGACACUGCGAGCGAUCCUUUCAACGAGCCUCUCGGCAGCCAAACAGAAAUAACAGAAAACAAGGCUGCCAGCGAGGCCGUCGAAGAGCCCGCUGAAGAUUUCGAGGACCUGACAAACAACAUAAAUGCAGCCGUAGAGAGCCCAGCCACGGAUGAAAUCUCUUUAGAAGAACCCUCGGAUGACUUUGUCAACAUCCUGGGAGGUGAAUCCGAGGUCCAGGGAAAGGAGGUGGAAGUUUCCGUGGAGGCAGCCGGCGGCGUUGCGGAUCUGCCAUUAGAUGGAGAAACGGGGGGAGAUCCCAUACAGGAGGCCGCUUCCCCCGCUCCCAUUAUUGACCUCGGCUUCUGCGAUUUUUUGGCCCCCAGCUCACAGCAGCUGCCCGUCGGCGCCCUAAUCUCAGACCCCCUGGCCGACUUCCUGGGCGGUGCAGCUGAAGCCGACAAACCUGCCGGGGCCGUGGUUGACCUGUUCGAGGAUGACGGGAGCGACAUUUUCACAGGACUGCCGCCAUCUAAAUCUUCCAAGCAGCCUCAGAAGGCCCUUUUCGACGACCCCGACGAAGAACUGUUUGCGGAGCCCCUUGGAGCCAACUCCAAAAAAAGCGCCAGCAAAGAGCCGGAGGAGAAGCCCCCCACAGCCAAAGCUGCCGUUCCCGCCCGGGGACCCCUGCAUGACGGGAAUCCCUCAGAGCCAGCAGACAUCUUCUCAGAGGAAGCUGUCACCACCGCGCCGAGCGCCAGCACCACCAGCACCGUCAACUCCAGGACCAACGGAGUCCAACCCGAGGAAGAUUCCGAUAUAUUUGCUGAAGCCACAGUGGAGUUGUCUCUCGACAGUCCACGGAAUGAGAGAAAAAAGGAAGCAACUGCCAAACCGUCUGCUUCCGCCUCCACCUCCCUCUCAGCUGCUGCCAGUCUGGCCAAGCCUCAGUCUGCUGCCCUGGAAGAGUUGGAAGAGGAGGAACUGGAGGAUAAAUUUGACAUUUUAGUCUCUGUGAAGGAUCCAGAAAAAAUAGGGGAUGGAAUGAAUGCCUACAUGGCCUAUAAAGUGUCCACACAGACCACACUGGCCAUGUUCCGCUGCGAGACGUUUACAGUCAGGCGACGUUUCAGCGACUUCCUCGGCCUCUAUGAGAAGCUCUCUGAAAAGCACGGACCAAACGGACUGAUCGUGCCUCCGGCUCCAGAGAAAAGCUUCCUGGGGAUGACGAAGGUGAAGGUGGGAAAGGAAGACUCCUCCUCCACAGACUUCGUUGAGAGAAGAAGAGGUGCUUUGGAAAGGUAUCUCCAGAGGGUGGUAAAUCACCCAUCGCUUCUCCAGGAUCCAGAUGUCAGAGAGUUCUUGGAGAAAGAGGAACUGCCCAGAGCAGUGAGCACACAGGCUCUGAGCGGUGCCGGCUUCCUAAAGAUGAUCAACAAAGCGACGGACGCCGUCAGUAAAAUGACCAUUAAGAUGAACGAGUCGGACGUGUGGUUUGAGGAGAAGCUGCAGGAGGUGGAGUCUGCUGACCAGCAGUUCAGGAAGCUCCACGCGCUGGUCGAAUCGCUGGUCGUUCACAGAAAAGAGUUGUCGUUGAACACGGCAAGCUUCGCCAAGAGCGCGGCCAUGCUGGGCAGCGCGGAGGACAACACGGGCCUGUCCCGGGCCCUCUCCCAGCUGGCGGAGGUGGAGGACAAGAUGGAGCAGCUGCACCAGGACCAGGCCGCCCACGACACCUUCAACUUCGCCGAGCUCAUCGCCGACUACAUCCGGCUGCUGGGAGCCGUCCGGGGGUCUUUCGACCACCGGAUGAAGGCGUGGCAGCGCUGGCAGGACGCCCAGGCCAUGCUGCAGAAGAAGAGGGAGACGGAGGCCAAGCUGCUGUGGGCCAACAAGCCGGACAAGCUGCAGCUGGCCAAGGAGGAGAUCACCGAGUGGGAGGCCAAAGUGACUCAGUAUGAGAGAGACUUUGAUAGAGUUUCUGCAACCGUGCGCAAAGAAGUGGCCCGCUUCGAGAAAGAAAAGACCAAGAAUUUCAAAAGACAGAUAAUCAGCUACCUGGAGUCGGCGCUGCAGUCUCAGCAGCAGGUGAGCGUCCCCCCGCCCCCCCCCCAUGUUUCAGAGGAGGGGAAAGUUGUCACCAGCCUCACUCGUCCUGUCUUGUCGUUUUCUCCUCAGCUGAUAAAGUACUGGGAGGCUUUCUUACCAGAAGCGAAAGCGAUCGCCUAA